CUCCCUCCUCCCUCUUCACCUCAGCACGGGCUCUCUUCCCUCCGCUUCCUCCCGUCUCCUCUCCUCUCUCGCACAAUGCCAUUGCGCGGUGCGUGAGAGGGAGUCAGACACACAGACGAGGAGGAAGAGGGGGUAGCCAGCCAGCCAAAGGCGAAAGCGAGAAGAAGAAGAAAAAAGGACAUUGCGCCCGUGCAAGGCGUGCGGGCAGGCCGGCGAUGCUGCGGAGGACUGUGCCCGACCGGGCCGCGGACUCGUCCGGCUCCGCCGGGGGCGGGGACGCCCGGCCCCGCGCCGACGGCUCCGGAGCCGCGCUCUUCGCCGUGCCGCGCCUCUUCGUCGGAUUCGCCGCCAAGCGCGCGCCGGACGCGGAGUCGUCGAGGAGCCCGACGUCGCCGCUAGACCCCAAGGCGCUGCUGCUCCGGUCGCCGAGGAGGGCCUGGGGCGCGCCGGGACUAGUCGACGCCCUCGCCGCCGACACCGCUGCCGCCAACUGCCUGCUCAGCCCGCGCCUGCGGCUCGUCAGGCAGCACAGCUCCCCGCCCAAGGAAUGCGGCGGCGGCGGAGGAGGACACUCGCAGCCGGAGCUCGGCAAGACGAUGUCCUGCCCCGCGCCGGACACCGCGGCCGCCGCCGCCGCCACCGCCAUGUCGGUGCCGUGCAGCAGGUUCCAGUUCCGCCGCGGGGAUCUGAAGUCUGGUCCUGAGGAGGCCACUAGGUCGGACACCGGCGCGUACCUCGUCAGCAACGGCAACGCCAAGCGCAACUCGUUCGACUUCGGUAAGCUCCCGGGCCCGGGCUCGCUGCCAGUGCCAGCGUCCCGGCGCUUCGUGGGCUCGGUCUCCGCGAGCGAGAUCGAGCAGUCGGAGGACUACACCCGCGUCAUCGCGCGUGGCCCCAACCCCAAGACGACGCACAUCUUCGGCGACUGCAUCCUGGAGCCCCACACGGCCGGGGCCAGCGACGACGAGGCCGCCGCCGUGGAAUCGGAGGAUGGAGCCGCCGCCGGGCGCUACUUCGUGGUCAAGUGCGCCGCGGAGGCCGAUGGUUUCCUCAGCUCCUGCUUCGCCUGCAACAAGAAGCUCGACGGCAACGACAUUUACAUCUACCGCGGCGAGAAGGCAUUCUGCAGCGCCGACUGCCGGGACCAGGAGAUGCAGCUGGAGGAAGAGGAAGCCGAGAACAGCACGAGCGGCGCGUCCCCGCUGUCCUCCUGCUCCUCCUCCUCCUCCUUCCACGACGACGACAUCUUCAUGGCCGGCAUGGUGGUCGCGACGUGAUCUCCACCCGGCCGGCCGGCCGGCGCACCGCGGGCGUUCCCCCCUCUCUCCCCACUUCUCCUUGCACGGCAACGCCAACGGGGCAGGCGAUCGUAGCCGAUCGUUCACUCACCCAACCCACCGGUGCACGUCGCCGCCGUCAGUCUGUUCCUUCGGUGCAGCAAACUGUACGUGACGGAGGAGCCGAGAAGAAACGGCGCUGUGCUCUGCUGCUCUGCUCAUGGUGGGUGGGGCAUUGUCGCUACUCGCUAGUCCUGGUAAUCCGCAGAGAUCUGCGGGGUU